AUGGCUCACUACGAGAACGAGAUCACAGCUCAUGACCUUAGCAGACUACACGAACGGGACCUGGAAAGCCAGGAACUCAAGAAGGAGCCUGGUGUUACUGUCACACAACUGGACUCCACACCGCACAGGCCUGUACUCGGCCGACGAAAGACCACAGGCAGCCUCAAUGGCAUCGACGGACCUGGUGCCCUUGCAGACGACAGCGAUGAAGACGCCCUGACAAAGAUUGGAAACUUUCUGUCCAAGAUCCAUUCGGCCUCGAUCAUCACACGGUAUGCACUGUACAUCCUGCCAGUUUCCGCACUACUGGCAAUUCCUCUGAUCAUCUUUGCGACCGUCAAGGCAGAUGAACGUGCCGAUGGUAUCCGACUACUAGGACUUUUCAUCUGGAUCGAGGUCAUUUGGCUCGCGCUAUGGGUUUGCAAGCUCGUCGCUCAGACUGUCCCACUCAUCUUUCAAAUGGCAUGUGGACUCAUCAGCACCGGCAUUCGCAAGUACUCGCUCGUCCUCAAGGCACUUGAGAUUCCACUUUCUGUCUUCUUCUGGACCAUUGUUGCCUGGGGUACCUCUAGCCUCAUCUAUGUCUUCGACCAAGGGAAGCACCUCGACCAGGCGACAGGCACCAUGAUCCAGCCUCAGGACAAAGACUGGGUCAAGACGGUACAGAUGGUGUUUAAGGCUGGUAUUAUCGUUGCUGCGAUCUUCCUCGUUGAAAAGACCAUCAUGCAGUUGGUCAGCAUCAACUACCACCGCAAACAGUAUGACCACAAAAUCCGCGAAAGCAAGAGGAUGAUUCGCAUGCUCGACCUCCUGUACGAUGCCUCGCGCAAGCUAUUCCCAGAGUUCUGCCGCGAGUUCCAAGAGGAGGACAGCGAGAUCCAGUCUAGUGGUUUGAACACCGUCCGCACACAACUCCAGAAAGCCGGCAUGGAGACGCGAAUCUUCAGCGACAUGCACCGAGUCCGCGACAAGCUGUUCUCGACGACCAAUGCCCACUCCAUCGUGCUCAAGGCUCUCGAAACCGAGCGUGCAUCGAAAGCACUCGCACGACGACUCUGGCUAUCCUUCGCAGGUGCUGGCCACGAUGCACUGUUCCAACAUGAUCUCGUCGAAGUGCUGGGCGCAGACCGCCGCGAGCUUGCUGAGGAAGUGUUCCAUAUCCUGGACCGCGAUGACAAUGGAGACGUCAGUCUCGAAGAGAUGGAAAUGUUGAUCAUCAACGCUGGAAACGAGCGCAAAGAUCGCGCGAUAAGCAUGCAGGACAUUUCUUCUGCCAUCGGCGUUCUCGACAAAAUGUUGAGCUUCGCGGUUGUCAUUGCCAUCGCAUUCAUCUACGCAACCUUCUUCUCGAAAGCCUUCGCCACUAAGACUGCUACAAUGUGGACUUCCUUCACCGGUCUUGCAUUCGCUAUCGGCGGCACAGUCACAGAGUUCCUGUCAUGCUGCAUCUUCCUCUUCGUCAAGCGCCCUUACGAUAUUGGCGACCGCGUCAACAUCGAUCAUCAAGAACUAAUCGUGAAGCACAUCUCCUUGAUGUAUAGCGUCUUCAAGCGCGUCGACAACGAUGGCAUCGUCCAGAUCCCACACAACAUCGCCAACAACCUCUGGGUCGAGAACGUCACCCGCAGCAAGCAGAUGAAGGAGCGCCUCACCCUGAACGUCUGCGCGGGCACGAAGAUGGAGGACAUCCUUGCGUUGAGAGGUGAGCUUGCCAUAUUUGUCGCUGCGGAUGAGAACAGAAGAGACUUCCAGCCAGACUUUGACGUUGAGCUCCGAAGCAUCGGCGACAUGAAGAGUCUCGAGCUCCGUGUUGAGAUCAGACAUAAGUCCAACUUCCACAACGAAAUGCUCCGCAACACCCGCCGCAACAAAUUCAUGUGCGAGCUCCUCGCCGCCUGCCGACGUGUCCCCAUCGAUCCUCCAGGUGGCUCAGGCCCUGCUCUCGGCGACCCUUCAAACCCAUCGUACAGUGUCGCAGUCUCUGACAUUGACGCUAUCUCCGCGCGAUCCGCCAAGGCAGAGAAGACAGAAUCGUCGAGACUGUACCCGACUGGUACUAGCAUUGUUGAGCUUGUGCCUGAGGCGAUUAGUGCGAGUGUUGAUCUUUUGACGCCGGCGAUGGCGAUGUUCCCGGGCUUGAGGGCGAGACAUGGGCCGGCUGAGGGGGCGAGGAGGCCGUCGGCUAUUUGA